AUGCUAGGACACUUGCUGAGAAAAAAAGAGUUUUGCCAGCAGGACCCUGCUCUCGACCCGCAGGUCCCGCCGCCCGCGUACGCCGCCAGCGACGCCCACUACAACGGGUCCCAGCUAUACGGCCCCGGCAACACUGUCCCCGUUUCCAGUUUCCGGCUGUCGGACAAGUCCAGUCUGUGUCGUCUGGUGGUGGUGCAGGACUCCGGGAUCCGCUCGAAGCAGACGCUGUUCGACUCUGCGCUCAGCCUGCGACCCGGCGUCUCCGAGGCGUCGAGUCCGGCGUACCUGAACAAGUCGUUUCACCACCCGACCAGCGAGCUUUCGGCGCUCAUGUUUGGCUACUACGGCAUACUGCUGAACGAGACCAUAUCUACGACCAAGCUGCACUACCUCCCGCCGCUCGCGGCGAUGCCUGCGUCGAUGCUGGUCACGCGGCUGUUUUCCGUGAGCAGCAGUUUCAGGCUGUGCGCGAGCGGCCACGGCGACCCGGACUGGGCCCCCAAGCCCUGUGUGUACUCGCAGGACGUUCCUGUGUGCGACGAGACGCCCACCAGGCUGGCGUUCGGCCUGAUUGUGCCAAUAGGCAGGGACCCGAACGCCCACGAAAUCCUCACAAACCAUUGGCCGGAGAUUGCAGGUCACUUGGAGUCCACGCAAAAACUCAUUGUGGCCAAGCUGCGCGCUCUCGCGUCGCCCAUCCGGCAGUGUGCCGGCGCCAAACUCUCGUUCGCGCCCGGCUGCCUCCAAAAAGAGCCCGAUCUCGUGCACGGCCUGCAUCUUUUCGUGCGGUCGCUGGUGUUCCUUAUCGAGACUCCGAGGCUCUACGUUCCGCUAAAACACAACGACUCGACGCUGUGCCGGUGGGCGGCCGCCGUGGCGACGUGGUUGGAGCUCAAGGACGGCCGUCACCCGUCGCUGGCGCCGCUCCCGGCGCCAAUCCACGAAUUCCAGUCGACGUCGCCGAGCCACACGGGCUCGCCCGUUGUCGGACUCAAGUUUCUUGCCACGCUGCUCACGCUGAUUCUGCCGUACCGCCGCGAAAUCGUCGACGGCCCGCUCAACUACCAUACUUGCCGCUCGGUGCGUGUUGUGCUCGUCACGGGCAACCCGGUCGUGUCGCAGAAACUCGUGCUUAUUCUUGCCGGCAUUUUUGGCUACGACCGCUUCAGAUUCUCCAAAGAGCUCGAACAAGAAGACGACACAGACACCGACUCGGGGCCCAGCCCGACGGCGUCGAAGCCGAUCCCGAUCCAGCGCACCGCGUACCGGGACGACUCGAGCUCCGAGUCGAUGUCGCCAGAAAUGACGUUCAGCUCCGGCUCCGCCAAAGGCUGGGAGAUCCCGUCCAAGGCGACGCCCAUCAUCUCGAACUCGCCCAAGUUCACCGAGUUCGCCAAGCCCGAGCGCCAGCCCGUGUCGCAGCUCAGACGAGCGUCGUCGUACGCCUCGCUCCAGAACCUGUCGACGUCGUACGGGUCGCAGUCGACGACGAUGUCGUCGUCGUGGCGCAAUAGACUGCACUUCGGCUCGUUCAUGGAGCGCUGGCGGUCCGGCGUCGGCGAGAGCGUCGAGAUGACACCCUCGCCCGCCGCCGAGUACGACGACUACCCGUGGAAAUCCGUCUCCUCCGGCGGCGCCAACCUGUCGAAGCUGGCACGUGACCUCGGGUCACUGGACCUGGGCAAGGAAAAAGCUGUGGUGCGCACCACGUACGAGAUCCCCGGCGUGGGCGAGCGUGUCGAUCUGGCGCAGCACGUGAUGGCUACCGAUGUGGACUUCGAGUCUGCAGACGUGCCCGGCGGCGUGAAAGUGCUCGACAUUGCGCCGCUAGCCGUCGAAAUCCCGCGUCCCCAGGUGCUGCCGCUGAUGACCGGUUUCAUCGACCAGUACCGGCCGGAGUUCUCUCUUCAGGCGUGUCCUGUGCACUACAAUCUGGAGGGCCAGAUUGGCGAGUCGAUGCGCGACGAUUGCGCCCGUUUGGGCCCCGGAGCCAGCAGCAGGACGUUUGUGAUCAAUCUGAAGCAGCGUGAGGUGAAGCUGAUGGAGAUGCAAUACUAUGCAGAUGCAGAGACGGCAGAGACAAGCUCGCGUCCCACGGUCACCCGGCUCUUUGCGCCGUACAAACGCGACCUCUCUGAGAAGCUUGCGCACGACGUGGAGCAGUGCGACGCCGUGCUGAACCGGAUCCUCUACCUAAUAAAGAACCGCAACGAAAACGACAAGAUCCGCGCGCUGAUCGAGCAAUUGAUACACUAA